AUGCGUUUACUUCCAUCGCCGUCAUCGCCACGUCUGUUGACGUUACUAUACGUGAUUUCAACUUUGGCUGUACGUUUACUGCUCGCUAAUAAUAAUUUACCUUCGGCUUCGGCUUCGGCCGAUAGCGCCGUCACCGUCGCCGCCAGCGCCAGCGCCAGCGCCAGCACCACCGCGCGACAACUGCCGCCGCCGCCGUCGCCGCCGCACAAUCAACGCACUCGUUCUUCACAAGUGGAUACAGAUUCGUUGCCGAUGGUGUUGCUGUCGAUACAAGAAAACUUGCACGACAUAUCGCAAAGGCAGAAGCAAGAUUUCAGCCUGUUACGCGUUGCUAGUGAUAUGGAUGUGAUCAGUCAUCGUUUGAAAAAUGUCGAAGAACAAAUAGCCAGAGCCGAGUCGUACAACAAAAUGAGAUUCGAGCAACUAAUCGAAAGCACCAUGAAAAGCGAGUUUCUCAUCGAUCAGCUGACGCGACGCGUUGAAAAAAGUUUCCAACGCAUAGUCGACCGUUUAUCCGCAGCGAGAGCGGGAGCGGGAGCGGGAGCGAAUAGUUUUGCGGAAAGAACGAAUGAUAUUCACCAGGCGAAUUUGGAUAAAGUAAAGCCGCAUGAUUACGCGACAACUCGAUGGACACGACUUGGUUUCAGCAACAGCAUUAUUACAGAAACGGAGACGGAGACGGAGACGGCGGCCAGUAGAAUGAGAAUAGAUCCGUCGUAUCCGACAUCACCCCAUUCAGAUCCAGCCCCUACACCAGCACCACCAGCAUCAGCAUCAGCAUACGCUAACGUCAGUGCUGCUGCUACUACUACUACGACGACGACAACACAGUCAUCUUCAACUGUGGGCGAUUUUAACCAGCAGCAGCGGCGGCGGCACGAUGCGAGCGUGCCAACUCUAAAGUACGUGACCAACGGCAGCCACAGCGAUAUUCUCAAAGCGUCGAAUGAUUCGAGCUCGCCGCAAACCGUUUCUUCUCCCGUUUCGGAUCAGCAGCUUCUCGGACUUUCUGACGUGCAGCAAUUCGUUGAAAACCAAGCCGAUAGAGUACUUUCUGCGAUGGACGAGAAGCAUAGUCGGCUCGAACGACAAAUGGCAUUUUUAAAAAGCUCCUACGAAGAAUGCGUUAAUUUGGCUGACGAAGUAUACCUCAAACUGAGCGACAAACGAUUCGACGCGACCAACUAUUUCGACAACGUCCUGGAAUCCUUGGUCGCGCAAAUCAAUUCGCACAACCUUCAAAACGUGCGCACGUUGGAAAUGUCCGUCAAGAAUAAUAUGGACGCCGUGUUAAACCUGCAGCGUGCCUUCGCCGACAACUGCCGCAGAUUGCAACUCAACGAAGACCAAAUCGAGGACAAAGUAAUCGCCGUUUUACAAAGUCUAGUCGAUUACUUCGAUAACCGAACCCAACUCGCCCAACGCCGUCGCUUUCUAGAUCGAAAUUAUCUCAUUCGAGAACUGACCGAAAGAAACUCGUAUCCGGCGCCGGCGCCAGCACCAGCGCCUGCUGCAGCUGAAACUGAAUCAGAAACUGAAACUGAAACUGAUAUCGUCGAGACUGAAGCUGAUCAAACUCAACCGAUCGUGAAUACGGAACAAUCGCGCGAUAGCGAUACUGCUACGCACAAAAUGCAGCUCGACGAAGACGACCAAAGUUGCAGAGAAAUGACGCGACCGUCAGUCGCGCUUAUUUCACCAUCAGCUGGGAAUGCGUCGUCGGUUAGUGAUUCUAAAAACGUAUCGAAAGUGAUAUUUGUACCGAAAACUGGGCUGCUGCCAACUGGUGGUGAUACGCCCGCGGCCGCGGCCGCGGCCGCAGAAUUGAAGGCGUGCGCCGACGACAGCGGCGGAAAGACGACGCAACGAGAUCAGUCCGGGCUAGUACUCGUUGAUUUGUACGGUGCUACGAGUACCACUGACUCUAAAUGGGACUCGGAAACCGAAUUCGACAAAAAUCAACUCUCAGAUCGAGAGCCCGUCCAAGAUUUUUCCUCGUCCAGCGAGCACGAAAACGGAUUCGACGUCGCAGAUGACCCGGAUAACUAACUACGUAACUCCUAAAACCGUGCCGCGGGCCGUGCCCAUUCCCGGCACGAGUUACCAGCGCCGAAAUGUUUGUCACGUUAGCUUACCUCGAGUUUAGCGUUCGCUUGGAAUAUAGUCAUCGCUUUAUGGCCGAGUUGCGAGAAACACGAACACAUGGUCUCCAAUUUUUUGCGAAUCGUGUACAUGAUAUCCGUUUCAUCUCCGUCGAAUUCUCCUACAAACAAUUAAAUACGUACACACGUGAA